AUGCCAUAUAAUGAGAAAAUGAUGUCCUAUAUUACUUUAAAACAAGUCGAAGAACACAAUGGUAGCGACAAAAAAUCUUCGUGGAUUGUUUUAUAUGGGAAAGUAUAUGACAUAACAUCGUUUCUUAAUCUUCAUCCAGGAGGUAAUAUUAUUCAAUAUGCAGUAGGAAUUGCUGAUGCAACAUGUUUAUUCGAGAGUUAUCAUAGUACAAAGAGCAUAAACAAAUCUCAAGCCUUAUUAAUGAAACAUGGAAAAUACCUUGGAGAACUAUCUAUUGAUGAAGAUUCUCAGUGUAAACAUACGGUAAAUACUGACACAAGAUUAGAUUCAGACAAAUUCUUUUUCACACUUCGCAAUCGAGUCGAUAGUUAUCUUGAAAAAAAUUAUGGUGGUCGUCAUGGAUUUCAAUGGAUAUGUCAAAUCGAAGCUAUAUUAACAUUAAUAUUAUAUUGUAUAGCAACAUAUUAUAAAAGUUUUAAAUAUAACUAUCUUGCAGCUGUAUGCUUGGGUAUAAUUAUGGCAAGAAUGGGAUUUUUAAUGCAUUCAGGUAAUCAUUGUGGUAUAUCAUCAAAUCGAUAUUGGAAUCGAUUUGUUGGUUUUUUCAUGGAUAUUAUUGGAAGUUCUCAUUAUACAUGGAAUUAUGAACAUCAAAUAGCACAUCAUAUUAUGCCUAAUCAAUAUAAUAGAGAUAACGAUUGUCAAAUAGGAGAACCAUUAUUUCGAUUUCAUCCACUUAUUUCUGAUCCUGAUCAACAAAUCAAUAAUAAUUAUAUCAAUGAUAAAUCAUCUCGUUUUCGUUUUUUCUUACGUCGAUAUCAACACAUUCUUGUUCCUAUUUUAAUGAGUAUUGGAUUUUUCAAAUGGACAAUAAAUGAUAUAGAAUUUUUAAUAAAAUCGAAAGCUGGGAAUAUUCGUUUAGCUAACAAAAUCAUUAUUAUCAUUUUAACAUUAAUAUCGAAAAUUUUAUGGUUUAUAAUUCACCUUAUUAUUCCUUAUAUAUAUUUUGGUGGAAUAUAUACAUUAGUUACAUUCAUCAUUUUUAUGGUUAUCGGUGCAUAUUAUCUCGAAAAUAUAUUUAUUGUCAAUCAUAUUCAAGAAAAAUUGCAAAUACCAACAAUUAAUCUUUCAAAUCGAGGUUCAUUGCAUUGGGCAAUUCAUCAAAUCUAUACAACAGCUAAUUGGAAAUCUGGUAGUUUUAUAGCCACUUUUCUUAGUGGUGGACUAAAUCAUCAAAUUGAACAUCAUCUUUUUCCUUCUAUGAAUAUAUAUCUUUAUCCAAAAAUUGCACAUAUUGUUCAAGAAGAAUGUUACAAAUUUGGUUUACCCUAUCAUAAUUAUAAUUCAUUUACAACAGCAUGGAUAGAUAUGUUUUUUUAUUUGAAAAAAUUAGGUAAUACAAAUACAAAUAUAAAUUCAAAUCAUCUUCAAUGA